AUGAGGCUGCCCAACAUCCUGCUCACGGGUACACCAGGGGUUGGAAAGACCACACUCGGUAAAGAACUUGCAUCAAGAACAAUUCUGAAAUACGAUAAUGUGGGUGAUUUAGCAAGAGAAGGACAGCUAUAUGAUGGCUUUGAUGAAGAAUAUGAAUGUGCCAUUUUGGAUGAAGACAGAGUAGUUGAGCUAGAAAAUAAAAUGAAAGGUGGUGGAGUUAUCAUUGAUUACCAUGGCUGUGACUUCUUCUCUGAACGAUGGUUUCAUAUAGUUUUCGUGCUUCAAACAGAUAAUUCUGUAUUAUAUACAAGACUUGAAAAGAGGGGAUACAGUGUAAAGAAACUACAGGACAAUGUUCAGUGUGAAAUUUUCCAAAUUCUUUAUGAAGAAGCCAUGGCCUCCUACAAGCCUGAAGUAGUACACUGGCUGCCCAGCAAUGUACCAGAAGAACUAGAGAGUAAUUUAGAUCAGAUAAUUAAAUGGAUUGAGGAGUGGAUAAAAGAUAAUAAUUGAACCUUGAGGGGAAAGCAUGGAUUCUCAAGGCUUUCCACAUAAUGGUUAAAGAUUUUCUUGAUGAUCUCUC